AUGAUCAUGUCUCUCCCUCUCCCAGCACGAACGGUCUGGCAAGCUUCGCCCAGAAUCGCGACCUUGUCUCGUGUUUCGACCCAGACGCCACCAUGGACGACGCGCAACUACGCGACGCCAGCAGCGAGAGAAAGCAGGACGGCGAUUGUGACUGGAUCAUCGCGGGGAAUUGGUAAAGCUAUAGCUCUGCGCUUGGCAAACGACGGAUACGACGUGUGCAUCAACGAUGUUGUAGCGAACAAAUCUGGCUGUGACGACGUCGUCAAGGAAAUUCAAGCCCUUGGCCGCAAAGCCUUCACGUUUACGGCCGACGUGUCGAACCUGAACGAAGUGACGGACCUAGUGCAAGCAUCCGUUUCGGAGCUGGGCCCGCUGAAUACCAUGGUCGCGAACGCGGGUAUUGCACAGGUGAAGGCUCUCUUAGAUCUCACCGAGCAGGACUUUAAAAGGAUGUUUGAGGUCAACGUCUACGGCGUAUUCAACUGCUAUUCUGCCGCCGCAAAGCAGAUGAUCUCACAAGGCGCAGGCGGCAAGCUUCUUGGUGCGGCGUCUAUCGUUGCAUUCAAGCCUUUCGCACUUUUGUCCCACUAUAGCGCCUCCAAAUGGGCUGUACGAGGCAUGACGCAAGCCUUUGCAAUGGAGAUGGCCGAGCACAAGAUCACAGUCAACGCUUACGCACCUGGCAUUGUCGGCACGGCAAUGUGGGAUCUUAUUGACGAGAAGCUGGGCGAGAAGACUGGGGCAAAGAAAGGCGAUACUAUCAAGAAGUACACAAACGAGCUGAUUGCGCUAGGCAGGACCAGCGUACCAGAAGACGUGAGCAGCACAGUGAGUUUCCUGGCAGGCAAGGACAGCGAUUAUAUGACGGGGCAGACCAUCGUCAUUGACGGUGGUAUCAUUUUUACCUAA